AUGUCCAAUCUGUUAGGAAAUUGUCAAGUCAUGCAUACCCCUCUCAUUGCCUGGAUUGCCAACUAUCCUGAACAGCUUCUGAUCACUUGUGCUGCUGCCACAUGUGAUCCAUGCAAUAUUGUUGCAUUCCACAAGGCUUGUCUUGCCCUCUGUCUAAAUGGUGUCAUGGAACUGUUCUGGAAAGAUUGGGGGGAUACAUGUCCCUCCCACUUUCUCACCCCUGAUGCCCUGCACCAGUGGCACAGGUUCUAUUUUGACCAUUGUGUAUGCUGGGUAAUCAAUAUCAUAGGGGCUGCCCUGCAGCCAAGGAUAGGGACUGGGCAUUGUGUGAAUGGUGUCUCCACCCUCAAACAGUGCACCAGUCGAGAACACUGCGAACUGGAGAAAUUGCUUCCCACCAUGGCAGCAGGGGCAUUGCCCAAUGAUUUCAUCUUUCUUGCCAAAGGUAUCUCCCAUUAUGACAAAACCAUUCAUAGUCUCAGUGAAGCCCUUCAUGAAUUCCACCAUUACAAAUCCAGCAUUCUCAGGGCACAUGGCCAUCUCAGGAAGAACAGCCCCCUUGACCACUUUCAGAUACCAAAAGUCAAACUAACUCAGCACAUUGCAUGGAGCAUUCAUCAGAUGGGUGCCCCUUAUCAAUGGAGCAGCAACAUCACUGAACAUUGCCACAUAACUCAUGUCAAGGUGCCCUACCAUUUAUCAAAUCACCAAGGUUACCAUGCCCAAUGUUGCUGUUUCCUUGAUCAACAAGAAAAACAAUGCUUUUUCUGCCUCUUUACUGCUCUGAAAUCUUCAGUCAUUCAGAUCAUCCCAAAGUUUGGUGUCAAGGCCCCUAGGGGGAUGACAUGCAACAACUGUCUGGAUGUGGGGCAUGAGUUCUACAUCAAUGGUUUUGUGGACAAAGAGACCUUUCAUGCCAUCCUGAGCUACCAGUGA